AUGGCGGAUUACGAUGUAGAUACUAUUUUAAAAGGCAUAUUUGACACCAAUGAGCCUGACUGGAAACCGGCAGAUAAGAUCCCAUUAAUUGUAAAAGAAAUUGAAUUUCUGAAGGCUGAUCUCAAAACAUUUUUAGAUAGCAGCGAAUAUGACAUAGAUUCUGUUGUGAAGGAGAGUACAGAGAUCACAAAAUUAAGCAAGGCGUUAGUGGAAGAUAUGGAAAAAUGUAAAACAGAGAUAGAAGAUCAGACAAUGGCAGAAAUUCUCAAAUCAAUUGAAAACCAUGAUAUGAUAUCCAAAGAAUUAGAACGCGUAAAUUUUGCUCUAGAUAUAGUAUGUGAUGUUCUGCAGUGUGGGAAACUCGUUAAGGAGUUUGAAGAAGGCAGGCAGGCUCAAAGCUACAGCCGAGCUGUUGAGGCUGUGUACGACUUACUCCAAUACUUAGACCUGCCAGUGGAGGGAUUCAAAUGCUUGGACCUUCAUGUAAACACGAAGCACACAGCUCAAUUAAUUUUGGAUAGAUUACUUCAUGAUCUAUUUGCAGAAUGGGGAAGGUUAAUUAGCUGGAAUGUAAAACCAGGCACUAAGAAAACUAUAGUAACUAUAACACUCAAUUUUGAUGAAUCCAUGAUGGCGGUAGAUGUGGUAAAUGCUUUAGAGAAGAGUAAGCAUCUCAGUCAGAAGGUGUCAGAAUUUGCUCAGGCUUUACUAAAAGAUGUCCUUGUACCAAUAAUAAAUAAAGAUUGUACAGUGUUUGCGGAAACUGACGAACUGAUGACUGUGACCAUCAACCAUAAGCCGAAUUUCAGGCCUCCCUAUGACGAGGUAAUUGCCAAUUUGAGGUUACUAUUCCACUAUUUAAGCAACAAAUUAAAUAUUGAGUACUAUAGAGACAACACUAUCAUGAAGAUGAUAGGCAAAGAAAUCCAUGUGGAAUUUAGUGAUAUACUUGUGAAGGAUUGUCUCAUAGACACUAUACCAAAUAACAUAAACGAUUUGCAGCAUUAUGGAAGGAUUACUUCUGAGAUAGAAAACUUUCAACUUUUCCUUUGUCUCGUCAAAUUCUUUCCUCGCGAGGGUUACUCCAUACUUCAGUAUGUUAAGAACAUAGAUGUUCUAUUUGCAACUAAAUCCAGUCAGCAUUUCUUAGAGACCGCACGUGCGAUCAUGCUCAAGGAUUUAAGCGUUACAAUGUCUAUUGGAGUGGAGUCAAUACCAGAGGAACCAGUUAAGAAGCAAGAUGAUGGUCCUGCAAAAGAGGCAUUGAAAUUGCUAGACAAGACAAUACCAAAAAGUUUGUUCUACUUUCCAAGGUGCAUGAUUUCAAAGUCGGCUCAGGAGUUGCUAGACCUGGUAAUGAUGAUGAUGGAGCAAGCUGUCCAGUGCUCGGAUGUGGUGUGUAAGAAACUGUAUAACACUGCCCGGCUUGUUUUCGAACUCUAUGAUGCCGUGGUUCCUUAUCAUCAUGAGGAUUAUUUGCUGACCAUUCCGCAAUAUGUUGCACUAUUCCACAACAACUGCAUGUACUUAGCGCACAACCUGCAGACCCUAGGCGAUAAGUGGUUGAUCCUAAUGGAAGGACGGGAGAUGGACUACCCCAUCAGCUUCAUCGACCUAGUCCAGAAAAUGCGUGAUCUAGGUUACAAACACCUCAUAAUCCACAUGCAACAUCAGAGGAACCAAAUCCUGGACAACAUCCGCUCUUCAGAUUUGAAUUGCAUAGUGGUAAAAGACGUGCUUAGCGAAAACGCAGAGGCAGCCGUGCGCCAGUGCCUCAGGCAGCUACAGCUAUUAAAGAAUGUGUGGAUUGGGGUGUUUCCCGUUAAUGUAUUCACACGUUUAAUGGGCACUUUGGUGAAUAUGUUCGCUGAGGAGUUGAUUCAUCGCGUUUGCACCGUCGAAGACAUAUCCAUGGAGAUGGCCACGCAGCUAACUGAAAUGUAUACCCUUGUUGUGCAAAAGGCACCCACACUCUUCCAGAAACCAUCAGACGUCGAAACCCACGUGAAAUCCUGGAUCAAGCUGCAAGAACUGAUCUUUGUUUUGGGAGGCUCUCUCAAGGACAUCGAGAACCACUGGAAGGACGGUAAAGGGCCGCUCGCCGUUCACUUCAGAACCGAAGAACUUAGGAACCUGAUCAAGGCACUUUUCCAGAACACACAGAUCCGGGCUAAUUUGUUGUCUAAGAUUAAAUAAUUAAUUUGUAGGUCUACCAGUCAUUAUUCAUAAAUGUUGUAUCAAUAUGCCAGUACUUUUAGGUGUUUAUUUUAUACUUAUUAUAAGGUAUCAUGCGAGCCGACUUUGUGUGGUCCUCGCCUAUCGUAAACGAUAUUUGGAUCUCA